GGAGGCACCAUGAGCGCCCUGCGGGACGUCUCCCUGCAGGACCCGCGGCUGCGCUACGAGCUGGUGCAGCGCAUCGGCUCCGGCACCUACGGCGACGUCUACAAGGCCCGUGACACCGAGACGGGGGAAUUGGCGGCCAUUAAGAUUGUGAAAAUUGAUCCAGGGGACGACAUUGGAUCUAUUCAGCAAGAGAUCACUACUCUCAGGGACUGUCGCCAUCCCAAUGUCGUGGCUUACUUUGGCAGCUAUCUCAGGAAUGAUCGCCUCUGGAUUUGCAUGGAGUACUGUGGCGGGGGUUCCCUCCAAGAGAUUUACCACAGCACCGGACCUCUGUCAGAGAAACAAAUUGCUUACGUCUGCCGGGAGACUCUUCAGGGACUUCACCAUCUGCACACCAAAGGGAAAAUGCACCGGGACAUCAAGGGGGCCAACAUCCUGCUCACGACCAACGGUGACGUCAAACUCGCGGAUUUCGGGGUCUCUGCGGAACUGACCGUGUCCGUGGCCAAGCGGAAAUCCUUCAUCGGGACUCCGUAUUGGAUGGCCCCAGAGGUGGCCGCGGUGGAGAAGAAAGGCGGCUACAACCAUCUCUGCGACAUCUGGGCGCUCGGCAUCACCGCGAUCGAGCUAGCGGAGCUUCAGCCGCCACUUUUCGACCUGCACCCCAUGAGAGCCUUGAUGUUGAUGUCAAAAAGCAGUUUUCAGCCUCCUAAGCUAAAAGACAAGACAUGCUGGUCCGUGGACUUCCACCAUUUCCUCAAACUCUCCCUGACGAAGAACCCCAAGAAGCGGCCAGUGGCUGAAAAGCUCCUGCAGCACCCGUUUGUCUGCCAGCCGCUGGCCCGGAUCCUGGUCAUUGAGCUGCUGGAUAAAGCCACCGAUCCGGAUGUGUCGGCCGCGUCGUUGGACGAUGGGGAGUUUGAGGCUUAUGAAGUUUUUCCCGACAAAAUCCAUUCCCACAGGCAACACGGGCAACUGGAGAGCACGCUUUCCGAGAUCCAGUUUAAUCAGGUUAAAUUUGGGCCCCCACUCCGGAAAGAGACAGAACCGUGGUGCAGUUUGAAGGAGGAGGAGGAAGAGAGCUGGAUGCUGUUGGGAGACGGAGAGAGCCUCCUUCAGUCGGUAGAAGAAGCACUGGAGGAGAGAAGCCUAACCAUCGGCCCUGCCCGCCCCACAGAGCAGGCUCACGGUGAACAGCGUCCCGGCAGCACCCCCGAGGGAGACGCAGACCUCACGAAAGGACCCCUGUGGGAUUUUCUCAACCUGGAGCUGACAUAUAAAGCUCCCUGGGAGCAGGACGACGGCCCCGAAUAUUCAGAAGUGGGGUGCCAAACCACGCCAGGCAGCACAGACGUGGGUCGUACCCCAAACAGCUCAGGGACUGGCUCCCCAAAGCCAGCUGAUUCGCUGCUUUCCACAGAGUGGGCCACGAUGAAGAAGAAGGAGGAGGCGACCAGGCUGCUUUGCCACGGGUUGCCCCCCACCCCAAAAGUCCACAUGGGGGCCUGUUUCUCCAAAGUCUUCAACGGCUGCCCGCUCAAAAUCAACUCGGCCACGACGUGGAUUCACCCGGAAACCCGAGAUCUGUUCCUGGUGGUCGGGGCCGAAGAGGGCAUUUACACCCUCAACCUCCACGAACUCCACGAGGACAUGAUGGAGAAGCUCCUUCCGCACAGGUGCUUCUGGCUGUACUGCAUGAAUAAUGUGCUACUAACCUUGGCGGGGAAGUCUUCGCAGGUCUCAGCUCACAACCUCCUGGGCCUUUUCGAGCACCGGCGGCAGCUGCAGAAGCGCCCGGUCCCACUUUCCAUCGCCACCAACCGGCUGACUGAGCGGAUCAUCCCCAGGAAGUUUGCCCUCUCUGCCAAGAUAGCAGAUACCAAAGGAUGCCUGAAAUGCCGUGUGGUGCGGAAUCCUUACUCCGGGAGCACCUUCCUCUGCGCGGCGCUGCCCGGCAGCCUGGCCCUUUUGCAGUGGUACGAGCCCUUGCAGAAGUUCAUGCUGCUGAAGCAUGUCCCUGUGGUGCUGCCGGAGCCCCUGAGCCUGUUUGAGCUGCUGGUUGUGGAGACGGAGGAGUACCCCCAGGCCUGCUUCGGGGUGACGGGCAGCGCCCAGCCGGGCGCAGAGCUGUACUUCAGCAUCCUCUCACUCACCUCUGGCCUCAGCACCUCCAGCCCUUCCGGCCGCCCCCUCGUCAUGGCCAGCCACGUCACGCAGAUGGACCGAGACACCGUCCUGGUGAGCUUCGAGCGCUGUGUGAGGGUUGUGAACCUCCGAGGUGCUCCGCAGGGGGCCCUCCCCCCAGAACUCCCCUUCAAUUUCUCUAUCGAGACCAUUGUGUGCCUUCAGGACAGCGUCCUGGCCUUCUGGAAGCACGGCAUGCAGGGACGGAGCCUGGAAUCCAGCGAGCAGGUCACACAGGAAGUCACGGACGAGUCCCGAGUGUUCCGGGUCUUAGGUGCUCACAGGGAUAUCAUCUUGGAAAGCACCCCGACGGGCAACCCCACUGCGCACAGCAACCUCUACAUCCUGACGGGCCACGAGAACAGCUGCUGAGCACCUUCUCCCAGCGCCUCCUGGAUGUGCCCAGCAUCGCAGUGGGCCGUCGCCAGAGAUGGGCUGGCCGCGAUCUGCCUGCGGCGGAGGAAAGCCGCCCCGUGCGCACGCACGCGUGAAAGGGUCCGGUCUUCCCUUCACGGCUCCCGCAUGCACUGGAUAUACACUGGUUGGGAUGCAGGAACAUUCUUCAUGCCUCGUUCUGGUCUUCCCGAGAGUCUGCCGCACACCCGGACGGGCGGAGAUGCUCUUCCUCUAACUGGGGCCAGCCUUUCCUGAGAUACUUUUGCAAUAAUUUGACCACAGUCAGUUGGAGGAGUUUGCAAUCCUCCCUGGCUCCCCACUGUGCCUGUUUGGAAACGUUUCUCGCCCCCUUUCCUCUCCCUUCCUAAUCCACAGAAGUCGCCCACAUCCUGGGGUGCCGCGAUCCGGCACAGCUGUCCGUGUGACGACAAUCACUUGCGGGGUGCAGAAGGUGCACCCCUUCCUUGGCACCUGAGCUUAAGUUAAACGUCUUAUAGGGCACUUUUGAGGUUCUGGCGUAUCUCCUUGGAUGGGGCCAGGGACAAGGGUUCCGUUGCGGAGCUGGAUGAGCUGAGUGGGAAACAUGGCUGUGCUCGUGAUGGGCGAAAUCGGGUGACUGUGACUGGGGUGUUUGUGGGUGUUUGGCACUUGUGUGAGGUGCAUGAGCAGAGCAUCUGUUGGGUGCGUGGGUGGGUGGAGAGCUGGCGCACUGGCACAGCACCACGGAGAGCGAAAUGUCAUAAAGGAGCAGCUGUGGCUCUUUCGGUAUUCACCUGCUUGCAAGCCCAGCUCCUUGAGCAAAGCAGACGAAACCCAUUUUGAGAUAGUUUGGGGCCGAGCAAAACGUGCUGCUUAAUGCACGCUUGCCUUUAGGAAUGGCUCGCCGUUUGUUCGUUUGUUUUUAAAGGCAGAAAAGUUUGAACACGUUAAACGCAGGGUAGGUAGGUUGUCGCUUUUACAAUAGCAGCCACAGCGGAGGCUGGCCUGAAGGACAGCUUUCGAAGUGUGAUGGCUGCGGUGGGAGGAGGUAACUCCUGGCCCCCGUCCCGCUCCCUCCUCGCUGCUUAUCCUAGAGGUAAAGCCGAGCAUGUUGAAAUGCUGCCGGACGUGUAAUUAGUCUAGUGCUUGGUUUAGGGUCUUUCGGUAGCAUAGACUUUUUAACCAGUGCCACCCCUUGCAGCUGUUCUGUUCUCCCUUUUCACAUCUUCGCUGGCUUGCCUGCCUGCCAGGCAGUGAGCUGAUAAGCCUGUUGGCCGUGGCCCUUCUGAACGAUCACCUCUGCCGUCUGGCGGAUCGACAAGCCGGUUGCAAAGGUGAAGAGGAGACAUUCCAGAACAUGGGCCAGCGGUAGAUGCCCAGCCCUGCUCAGCCUCGGUGCCGGUGCUGCCUUUUCACCCCAGGUAGUUUAUUGGAGCCCCUUCUGGGACGGCAUGCGUGUUGGACGACUGUUACAACGUGAGAUGCUUCUGUUAGGUCGGCUGAUUUGGAGAGAGGGACCGCUGGUGUUGCAUCAGUGUCUUGCAGGCCACUGUGGGGUGUGAGAUUUCGAGUGCAGGGUUGUUGUGCGGGGUUCUUGUUUUGCUGCCUUAGAUACCCCAGACGGUCUCCUGGUGGGAACCUCGACCCGGGUGGUCAGGGCCAGCCACGUUACCUCAGAGGCCUACGACUUGCCUUUCCCAAGGCUGCUAAGCAUAUCUCUGUGGUUUUUAAUGGCUAAAGCUGGAAUCGUAUUGUCCUGAGAAAACCAAACUUGAAAAGAAAAUGGCUAUUUAACAUAGA